AUGCGCUCCGUCAAAGCUCUACAGAAUUCGCUGAGCAGGGCUGGCAGUCACUGCCGGCGGGGAGGCUGGGGUCACCUGAGCCAGAACCCUCUCCUUGGCUGGGGCGUCCGGCACCACCUCAGUGAGGCCGCGGCGCAGGGCAAGGAGACGCCGCACAGCCACCAGACGCAGCAUCGGGAUCAUGACUCUUCAGAGAGUGGCAUGCUGUCCCGUCUGGGUGACCUGCUCUUCUACACUAUUGCUGAGGGACAGGAACGAAUCCCCAUCCAUAAGUUCACUACUGCGCUGAAGGCCACCGGACUGCAGACGUCAGAUCCCCGGCUCCGGGACUGCAUGAGCCAGAUGCGCCGCAUGGUUCGAGAGUCCAACAGUGGUGGCCUCUUGGACCGAGAUCUUUUCCGAAAGUGUGUGAGCAGCAACAUUGUGCUACUGACUCAGGCCUUCCGAAAGAAGUUUGUCAUUCCUGAUUUUGAGGAGUUCACAAGCCACGUGGACCGCAUCUUUGAGGAUGCCAAAGAGCUCACUGGAGGCAAGGUGGCAGCCUACAUCCCUCAGCUGGCCAAGUCAAAUCCAGACCUGUGGGGCGUCUCGCUGUGCACUGUGGACGGUCAACGGCACUCCGUGGGCCACACAAAGAUCCCCUUCUGCCUGCAGUCCUGCGUGAAGCCCCUCACAUAUGCCAUCUCCAUAAGCACCCUAGGCACGGACUACGUGCACAGGUUCGUGGGCAAGGAGCCCAGUGGCCUGCGCUACAACACGCUCUCCCUCAAUGAGGAAGGAAUCCCCCAUAACCCCAUGGUCAAUGCUGGUGCCAUUGUCGUGAGCUCUCUGAUCAAGAUGGACUGUAACAAAGCAGAAAAGUUUGACUUUGUCUUGCAAUAUCUGAACAAAAUGGCUGGGAAUGAAUACAUGGGUUUCAGCAAUGCCACAUUCCAGUCAGAGAAGGAAACGGGGGAUCGGAAUUAUGCCAUCGGCUAUUAUCUAAAGGAAAAGAAGUGCUUUCCUAAAGGGGUGGACAUGAUGGCUGCCCUUGAUCUCUACUUCCAGCUGUGCUCUGUGGAGGUGACCUGUGAAUCGGGCAGUGUCAUGGCAGCCACCCUGGCCAAUGGUGGGAUCUGCCCCAUCACUGGAGAGAGCGUGCUGAGCGCGGAAGCCGUGCGCAACACCCUCAGCCUCAUGCACUCCUGCGGCAUGUACGACUUCUCGGGCCAGUUUGCCUUCCAUGUGGGCCUGCCGGCCAAAUCAGCUGUGUCAGGAGCCAUCCUCCUGGUGGUGCCCAACAUCAUGGGGAUGAUGUGUCUAUCACCUCCACUGGACAAGCUGGGGAACAGCUAUAGGGGGGUCCACUUCUGCCAAAGGUUGGUGUCUCUCUUCAAUUUCCACAACUAUGAUAACCUGAGGCACUGUGCUCGGAAAUUAGACCCACGGCGUGAAGGGGGAGAAGUCCGGAACAAGACUGUGGUGAACCUGUUAUUUGCUGCCUCUAGUGGAGAUGUCUCAGCUCUUCGAAGGUUUGCCUUGUCAGCCAUGGACAUGGAACAGAAAGACUAUGACUCCCGCACUGCCCUGCAUGUUGCUGCCGCUGAAGGACACACUGAAGUUGUUAAAUUCCUGAUUGAGGCCUGCAAAGUGAAUCCUUUUGUCAAGGACAGGUGGGGCAACAUCCCCCUGGAUGAUGCUGUGCAGUUCAACCACCUGGAAGUGGUGAAACUGCUCCAAGACUACCAGGACUCAUACACACCAUCUGAGACUUGGGCUGAAGCUGCAGCCGAGGCCCUGUCCAAAGAGAACUUAGAGAGCAUGGUGUGAGCAUGGGGCGUGCAUGGUCCCUGCCCAAGA